AUGAACUAUCGUCAAACAGAGAUCCGGAAUGCUCGCACUAAAUCCUGUACUUGGAUACUCAACAACGAGGCAUAUGUGAAAUGGGUAGAGCAAAAGCAAGGGGUGCUGUGGAUCAAAGGGAAACCUGGGUCCGGAAAAUCGACGCUGAUGAAGAAGAUUUUCCAAUUGCUGAACGACGACGCUGAGGAUAGUCCUUAUUGUCUGUCCUACUUCUUUCAUCGAAGAGGAGGGGAAUUACAGCACACUGAGCUAGGCAUGUUCCGGACUUUGUUGUAUCAACUCUUCAAACAAGAGCCAGAACUUGGGACGGAUCUCCAAAGUCUUUUCGAGCAGAAACAGAAGGAAGGGAAGAUUGGGACUACUUGGGACUGGAGUUUAACUGACCUGCGACGGAUCUUCAGGUCUGCCUUGACAAAAGCAGCCAAAACCCGUCCAUACAGAGUCUUUAUUGAUGCACUUGAUGAGGGUGGUGACGAGUCCGCUCGAAGUGUCGUCUCUUAUCUCUAUGAUUUGGAGUACGACUUGAACGAAGGAGGGUCUUCCGCGAGCAUCUGCUUUUCAUGCCGCCAUUAUCCUAUUCUUGCGCAUAACGACAGGCUCAGUAUUUGUGUUGAAGACGAAAACUACGACGAUAUUGCUCUCUAUAUUGGCGAGACGCUAGAAAGGGUGCUUGUCUCUCCAGGCCAAAAUUCAACACAGGAUAAAGAUAUCAAGAUUUUGAAGAGCACCAUUGCUCAAAAGUCGUCGGGCGUAUUCCUGUGGGCGGUGCUUGUCACGCAGAGGCUUGCAGAACAAUACAACGAAGGAAAGUCCCUAGAGAAGGUCCUCGAGACACUGAAGACCGUGCCCGUGGAUAUCGGGGAAGUCUACCGUCAUAUCCUCACAGCCGUGCUUAAGCCCCAGGAUCUUUCUGAGAGCCUGCUUCUCUUCCAGGUCAUUUGUCUUGCAACCCGGCCACUUUCCAUAGAGGAGCUACGAUGUGCUAUGGCCUUUGCUGGUUCGGGGAGCCCCUCGCAGGAAAACUCCGUUCUGAGUCCGGCACAAAUGACUCAAAGGAUCAUCAGCUUAUCAGGGGGGCUGGCAGAAGUCAAGGACGUUGUAAAUAACUAUCCUGGGAAAACCCAAUUUAUUCAUCAGUCUGUUACCGACUUCUUGGUUCAGGACAGGCUCAAAUGUUUAGCUCCCCAUACAAUGGAGGACUUGAUAGCUCAAGGCCAUUCGAGACUGUCUCAGGCUUGCAUUAAAAGCCUGAAACUCGCCGACCGUCAAGUGGAGUUACCGGAUCACCUGGGAUUUCCUCACUCCGACCUACUCUUCCCGUAUGCAGUGAAGAACUGCUUCCACCAUGUCCAACAGGCAGAAAACCACGGAUUUAUAGAAACACAGCCUCACGGUGAGCUCGGAGACAACGCCCAUCGGUAUUUAGAGUUCUGGAUUAGGAUAUACAGGCGUCUUGAGGGGCCUCGAGCGCGGUGCCCUGCAAGUUCCGCAACGAUGCUACAUGUUGCUGCAUGCUAUAGCCUUCAUUCUACUUGUCGGAUAUUGUUGGAAAAUGGAGCAGAUGUCGAUGCUGAAGAUAAAGCUGGCAAUCGUGCGAUAUACUACGCUGCUCGAUAUGGCGACCAUCAUCUCGGGGCACUUUUACUCGACGCAGGCACAUCAGUUGGCAAAACAAACAAUUCAAACGUGGAUCCUUUGACAGAAGCGUCACUAUCUGGAAAUGCAGACCUGGUGCGACUGCUGCUUCGACACGGCGCA